AUGUCGACUGCCUCGCCCACGCCUUUGGGUACCGCAAGAACCGGCCUCUCGCGAAGGCCCUCCCAGAGACAAGGCCUCCGACGGCUGCCGUCGCGCCCCCAUCUCAACCGAAGCGACUCCAACCCUGUCCACGCGACCGCCGUCGCGCCUACGCUUUCAAAGAAAUCAGACUCGCAGCAGUACGCAAUGCACGACAGCUCUGACGACGAGAUCCCCGUGCCUAUGAAGCUCAGCGCUCUCACCAAGGCAUUGCUCAAUGAUGGAGGUGCACCCGAACCGGAGCGCGCUCCUUCGCCGCCGCGAACACGACGUCGCGCCAGCAACCUCGCCGCGUCCACGACUUCCGCGACUGAAGAGAGAAGGUCUCUCCGUUCUGGGAGUGUGCAAGCAUAUGACACCAAGCUCUCGAAGCUCACGUCGCCAUUGAAGAGCAGGGAGAAUAGCCCUGUGCGAAAACGAGUUGUCAGACUGAGCAACACGCCCAAAAGUCUCAGCCAGAUGCGUCCCACAAAGAGAAGAUCUACCUCGUUGUCGCGAUCGACCAACCAACGUCCUUUGUCCAGAAGUCGACCGGAGAGCCGAGACCAAUCCUCGGAUGAGAAGCAAGAACCAACUCAAGACGUUAAUACACCCGCACAGGGAGUUCGCGUUGUCCGCAUUGCCGCAGGCUCAUCCGGCAACAGAAGUCGUCUCACCAGUUCAUCGAGCCAUUCUAGACGCUCAGGAUCCCACUUGGACCAGGACUACCCUGAAGAACCGGUGACUGCAGCACGCCAUGUUUCGGGCAUCAAUCCCGGCAGCGUAUCCCGCCACACCAAUGUCGGAAGGAAUGUCAAGCCCGAGGACAACCUUGCUUUACAAGGCUCCAUGCGCGUCAAGCGAGUUGGCAAAAUUCCUGGAAGCUUCCUUAGUGGGCCUGCUCGACGUGGCCGCCGAAGACAGAGCGAGGAAGAAGCGGAGGCUAAUGGCGAUGGCGAAGGGCUAAUCUCAAGUCAGUAUCAUGAUGGCCAUGGCCAAGAUAUGGAAAACGAUCUCGCAUCGUCUUUCUAUGGCAAUGGCAAUGGCAGGCAAAUGUCCUCGGGCAGUCCGGUAGCCAUGGGCGAUUCUUCAAGAGCAAGUCAUCGAAGGGCAGCAUACGAUGCUGACCCUGCACCACGUGCCACAGACCUAUCUCCCAAGGAGAUGGAGGAGCCAGAGGAGAUUCACUACAAGCUGCCUGCACCACGCCCGCAGAUCCCAUCUUCGCAUGACCAGGAAAACGAGAUCAACUCUGUCCUCAGAAGCUCCAAGUCCGCCAUCACCAUUCCCCCUGAAAAGGACAUUGAAAAAGUUUCAAAGCGCCCUACCAACGUCGAUGCCGCACGCCACAGACCUGCUGCAUCUCCCGAACGGAGGCCAUUGUCUUCCUUGGCGAACAACACUCCACGCCGCGCUGCGCCACCUCCCCCGCCGAAAAUGUCGGUUCUUGAUGCUGCCACCACCUCGGCCGGAGCAGCCACGACAUCUCAAGGGAAGCAGAGGCGAAAUAUCCUUCGUGUCAAUGGAAAGUCUUAUACCAGGCUUGACUGUCUGGGCCGAGGUGGUAGCGCCAAGGUCUACCGCGUCCUUGCCGAAAACGGAGCGAUGUUUGCCUUGAAGAGGGUGUCCCUGGAGCACGCCGACGAAUCGACCGUCAGGGGGUUCCGCGGUGAAAUUGACCUGCUGAGCAAGCUGACAGGCAACGACCGAGUCAUCAACCUCUUCGACUACGAGCUGAAUAACGAAAAGAAGAUGCUGACUUUGCUCAUGGAGAUGGGCGAGCUGGAUCUUAACACUCUUCUCAGGAGCCGACAAAACCCUGAAGCAGCCAAGUUUGACUCUGUCUUUGUCCGUUUCUAUUGGAAAGAAAUGCUCGAGUGCCUUCAGUCCGUCCACCAGUGUGAGAUUGUCCACUCCGAUCUUAAGCCAGCCAAUUUCGUCCUUGUCAAAGGUCGCUUGAAACUCAUCGAUUUCGGCAUCGCCAACGCCAUUCAAACGGACGAGACAGUGAACGUUCACCGCGAAACGCAAAUUGGCACACCGAACUAUAUGUCUCCCGAAUCCCUCAUGGACUCCAACGCACCCCGGGGCGGUCGCGUUCCCGGCAGACCCAAGUUGAUGAAACUGGGAAAACCAAGUGAUGUGUGGUCCCUCGGGUGUAUUCUCUAUCAACUCGUAUACGGCAUUCCUCCUUUCGGCCACAUCGCAAACCCGAUGGCCCGAUGUCAAGCCAUUAUCAACUGGGAUCACAACAUUGAAUUUCCUUCAAGAGGCAUGGGUGGUGUCCCAGUGCCCCCGUCUCUAGUGCGAACCAUGAGGCGGUGCUUGAACCGCGAAGUACACAUGCGGCCGACAUGCGAGGAGCUCUUGCACGAGACGGAUCCUUUCCUCUAUCCUAAUGAGAUGAGUGAAAAGGCACUCCCGGUCGACGAAGAGCUCCUUGGUAGAAUCAUCCAAAGCGUCGUCACAAGAUGUCGGGAGCGCAUGCCGACUGAGACUGAGGCCAUGUCGGUCUGGCCAUCAGCCUACUGGUCGAGUGUAAAGAAAGCAACGAAUUCGAAUAGAUGA